AUGGCUCGCCAAUGUUAUAUUUUUGUGAUAUUGAUAAUCUUUGUCGUUUCGUUCAAUGAAGCAACCGGACGAAGUUUGGAUCGUUCGAGUCGGGAUGCAGAUGGUAUCGAGGUAGAACUGUCCGCUUCCGGGGAGCAAAGCCGUGCAGCAAUUCCGGUGAUCAGCGACAUCCAGCGUGUGGAGAAAAUAGCCGACUUGCUGAUUUCCAUCGGCGAGCACGUCAUACCAGCACUGUUGGACGGUUUGGCCGAGCAGGUAACGGCUGCUACACCGGAACGGAGGCUACUCCAUCACGUCGACAAAAUGGCCCCAGAGCUAUCCCUAUAGCGACGCAAAUUAACGCGCCUGCAUAGAAGAUCCCUAUUAACCAUCUAUUUAUUAGCACCUUUGUACAAACCCCUUUCGGACACAUUCGUUCUGCCUAAGACUCCCUAGC